GAGGAGGCCCAGGUGGUGGCCAACAACGAUGAGAAGAGGACCUUCUCUGUCACCUACGUCCCCAAAGUGGCGGGGCUGCACAAGGUGACGGUGCUGUUUGGGGGGCAGAACAUCCCCGGGAGCCCCUUUGGGGUGGGGGUGGCGAUGGCUCACGGCGAUGCCAGCAAAGUGUCUGCGCGCGGCCCCGGCAUCGAACCCAGCGGCAACGUGGCCAACAAACCCACCUACUUCGACAUCUACACCGCAGGCGCGGGUUCGGGUGACGUCGGGGUGGUGUUGGAGGACCCCGCGGGACGCCGUGACACCGUGGAGGUGACAUUGGAGGACCGCGGGGACAGCACCUUCCGCUGCUCCUAUCGGCCCACCCUGCCCGGCCCCCACCGCGUCGCCGUCACCUUCGCCGGAGCCCACAUCCCAAACAGCCCCUUCUGCGUCAACGUGGCCGAAGCGUGCAACCCUUCGGCGUGCCGUGCGUGGGGGCGGGGGCUGCAGCCCAAAGGGCUGCGCGUGCACGAGACGGCCGACUUCCGCGUGCACACCAACGGCGCCGGCAGCGGCGAACUGCGCGUCACCGUGCGCGGACCGCAGGGCACAGAGGUUCCGGUGUCGGUGCGCCCCACGGCUGAUGGCGUUUAUGAGUGCGAAUACCGCCCCACUGUGGCCGGGACCCACAGCGUCUCCAUCACGUGGGGGGGAUACAGCAUCCCGAGGAGCCCCCUGGAGGUGGAGGUGUCUCCGGCCGCGGGCGCUCAGAAGGUCCGUGCGUGGGGGCCGGGGCUGCACGGCGGCGUC